CGGCUUUCUCUUUCUCGAUCCGGAGGAGGAGGACUAUGGGGAGGGGAUGCUGAGACCCUUUCCGGGGCCCAGCAGAAUUGCCUCCCCUUCCCCAAGCUUGGCCCGUGAGCAAAGGAGCGGAUCUCCUGCCCCGGCUGGCCCUGCAAAUUCGGCAGCUGUUUGUGGUGGGAGGACUUAACCCUCGGACCCUCCUCUCUUCCUCCUGGCCCGCCCCUCCCCUCUUCUCUUCUUCCUCCUCCUCCUCCUCCUCCUCCCCUCCACGCCCGCCGGUCCGAAGAGGAGGGUCCGCCUCCGCCAGUGUUUCUCCCUGUCCAGCGCUGCGGCUCCCCGAGGUCUGCCCCUACCCGUCUCCUGCCCUGCCCUGCCUGCUCGCCCUCCUGUGGGCAUGGCGGGAAAAGCCCACAGACUGAGUGCGGAGGAGAGGGACCAGCUGCUGCCCAACCUGCGGGCCGUGGGCUGGAAUGAGCUGCAGGACCGGGAUGCCAUCUUCAAACAGUUCCAUUUCAAGGAUUUCAAUAGGGCAUUCGGGUUCAUGACCAGGGUGGCUCUGCAGGCUGAAAAGCUGGAUCAUCACCCCGAGUGGUUCAAUGUCUACAACAAGGUCCACAUCACCCUGAGCACCCACGAGUGUGCAGGUCUGUCAGAGCGGGAUAUCAAUCUGGCCAGUUUCAUCGAGCAGGUGGCUGUGACUCUGGCCUAGGCACCCAUUCCCUACUACCCUCUCCCACACCCACCCCUGAAAAGUGAGGACCACCAGAACCAGAGACAAGACCUCAGCCCCACCUCUUGUCACCUCCCUGGGGGGCCAAGAGAAUGAGCCCAGGGUAGAAGACUGAGGAAGGCAGGCCGGGGGGGAGCACUGCCACAUCAUGGAAGCAGAACUCUACCCACCUUGGCAGCCUGUGGUUGACGAUUCAACCUGGACACAGCUGGGUAGGUAUGGGUGACUACUUCCUGUCACUAGCUUACAAUUCUGUCCCUUAAAUCUCGGUUUCCCCUCGAAGCUCAGGGGCUCUGGGGUGACUGGGCUCAGCUCCUGGAGCUACAGCCACGUCUAUGGGAUAGCACAGCCUCCGACAGAAACCUCAACCUAAUGUGAAUUUGCCCCGUACCUUUGAAUAAACCUCCUGGGCCGUUUCCCUAGCCUUGGC